AUGUUGAUGAGCGAUAUGAAGGAGAUCUGGAGAUCUGCACGAUAUGACCGUGGUGAUCUCUCCUUUAUCAUUGUCGCUGGUGCGAUGGUGUCCUUCAUGAUCCCAGGCCUAGCCUUUCUCUAUUCUGGUCUCGCACGCCGCAAAUCAGCGCUGUCGCUCAUCUGGGCUGUUUCCGCAUCAAACGCAGUCUGUAUCUUCCAGUGGUAUUUCUGGGGCUACUCCCUCGCCUUUUCUCCCUCCGCAACAAACGGAUUCAUCGGGAACCUCGCAAACUUUGGUCUCAUCGGUGUCCUCGACAAUCCCUCACCCGGCUCUCCCCUAAUUCCAGAUCUGCUCUAUGCCUUCUACCAGAUGGAGUUUGCCUGCGUCACCGUGGGCAUCCUCAUGGGCGGUCUCGCUGAGCGAGGUCGUGUCUUCCCCGCCAUGAUUUUCACUUUUAUAUGGAUGACCCUCGUCUACUGUCCCCUCGCCUGCUGGGCUUGGAACGUAAAUGGCUGGGGCUUCAAAUGGGGUGUCCUCGACUACGCAGGCGGCGGUCCCGUCGAAAUAGGCAGCGGCAUCGCAGGCCUCGCCUACUCCUGGGUCCUCGGCCCACGACACCAGAAAGAACUCCUCAACUUCCGUCCCCACAACGUCUCCCUCGUCAACCUCGGCACCUUCAUCCUCUGGUUCGGCUGGCUAGGCUUCAACGGCGGCUCCGCUUUCGGUGCAAACCUCCGCGCCGUCAUGGCCAUCUGGAACUCCAUGUUAGCCGCUGCGUGCGGGGGCGUCGUUUGGUGUUUGCUCGAUUAUAGGAUCGAGAGGAAGUGGAGCAUGGUUGGCUUUUGUUCGGGCACGAUUGCGGGGUUGGUAGCCGCUACCCCUGCCUCGGGGUACAUCCACCCCUGGGCAGCCGUCAUCAUGGGCAUCGUCACAGGCGCAGUCACUAACUACGCUACAAAACUGAAAUUCCUGUUCAGGAUCGACGACGCCCUCGAUCUCUUCGCCGAACACGCCGUCGGCGGCAUCAUCGGUCUCCUCGCCAACGCCCUCUUCGCCUCCUCUUCCAUCAUCGCCCUCGACGGCGUCAACCUCUCCACCCCCGGCGGCUGGGUCGACGGAAACUACCGCCAGUUCUACAUCCAGCUCGCCUACGUCUGCGCCACCUGCGCCUACGCCUUUGUCGUCACCGCCCUCCUCGCCAAGGCGCUCGAUUCUGUGCCGGGGAUGAAGCUGAGGACGACGGAGGAGGGAGAGGCGGUGGGGGUUGAUGAGGUUGAGAUCGGCGAAUUCGCAAACGACUACAUCGAAGUCCGCCGCGACUUCUCAGACUGGACACCCCUCGGCCUCGAGCCCAAAAAGGAUACACAUAUUGCCACCCCCCUCCCCCAACAGCAUACAUCAGCAACCACAGUCACCUCCCACGACGGCAGAGGGAGGGGAGGGGGGGAGAACAAACCGGCACCUACCACCAGGAAAUAUCAAUAUCUCCACACCACAACCAAUCGUCAUAGUCGUUUCUUCCGUAUUUAA